AUGGCGUUUCUCAGAGUGUUUGUUACUGUGCUCGUUAUGAACGUGGCUGCGUAUGCGUCGCCCAGAUUUAUUACCAACAACAAUGGUUAUUCGUUCCCAUUUGUGAGCCGGGAUGAGUGGGGUGCCGAGCCUUCUGCAGAUAUAAGGCCUUUGAAUCACCCUGUACCGUUCGUGGUACUCCAUCACACGUACUUGCCAGGAGCCUGCUUCGACAAGGAAGACUGCUCAGCGAAAAUGCGCUCUAUGCAGAGAUAUCACAACAGCCUGGAUUGGGGUGAUAUUGGAUACAAUUUCUGUAUCGGAAGUGAAGGAAAUGCGUACGAAGGUCGGGGCUUUGACAACAUGGGGAUCCACGCCUCCGUCGCCAACCGACACAGCAUCGGCAUCUGUGUUAUUGGAGACUGGAGAGAGGUAGCCCCACCAGCAGAAUCAUUGGCGACGAUUAAGGCUCUGAUUGCAGAAGGAGUGAGACAGGGCAAGAUCAGCCCGGACUAUAAACUCAUUGGUCACAACCAGGUCAGCGCGACUGAAUGUCCAGGAACAGCCUUCGCCAAAGAGUUCUCUACUUGGGAUCAUUAUACUCCUGGAAAGCCUGACUUCAGUGCAUUAUCUGUACCAGUAGCGGCUGCCAAAGAGUAA